AUGGAAGAAAGCUCCAGUUCUCCUGUUUCCCCUGUGGAUAGCUUGGGGACCAGUGAAGAGGAGCUGGAAAGGCAGCCAAAGAGAUUUGGCAGGAAGAGAAGAUACAGUAAGAAGUCCAGCGAAGAUGGCAGCCCCAACCCCGGGAAGAGGGGGAAAAAGUCCAGUCCCAGCUCCCAAUCUUAUGAAGAACUGCAGAGCCAGAGGAUCCUGGCCAAUGUCAGAGAGAGGCAGAGGACUCAGUCGCUCAAUGAAGCUUUUGCCGCCUUGAGGAAAAUCAUCCCCACUUUGCCCUCUGACAAACUCAGUAAAAUCCAGACCCUCAAGCUGGCGGCGCGGUAUAUAGACUUCCUCUACCAGGUGCUACAGAGCGACGAGAUGGACAGUAAGAUGACGAGCUGCAGUUACGUGGCUCACGAGAGGCUGAGUUAUGCCUUCUCCGUAUGGAGGAUGGAGGGAGCGUGGUCCAUGUCGGCCUCCCACUAGCCACCGCCCGGGCCAGGCGAGCCCAGCUGCCAAAGGGACUGUCCAGUGUCUGAGACUGAAGUGGAAU